AUGAUGAAGGAGCAGAAGAUAAAGAAGGUACUGGAUGAUGAGCUUGACAAGACGACAACAUCACUCAACAACAUCAUCAAUGAGAUUGCCAACCUCACUGCACUCGCUACCCACAACAACAAUGUGAACGAUAUCAAUCACAAUGAUGAUGUUGGCGAUGGUGUUGACGUGAUGAGUACAUUGGUGCGAUCGAUUCAAACAUCAAAGUCAAUGGAUCAAUUCAUCGACAAACAGUUCAAGCCAUCCGACGAUUUAACUUUGGGUGAUGAUCAACUGUUGCACUUGGUUCAAAGAGGAUCACAGGCCACUAAAGAUGUUCAUACUGUCACCGCAACAACACGUGUAUAUUUCGAUUCACUAAUGUUGGAGACAGGCCUCAGUGAGCUCAUUGAUAAAUACACCCUUCAUGAUAAACCAACAAGGAUUGAACAUGGCUUCAGGAAUCACAUCUUCUCACUGUGGAAUGACUCGUGUUCGAUGCUCGCAUUGGACACUGGUGAGUGGACUGUGAUCAAUGACAAGCUCACACCAAGAGAACGCAUAUACAGAUCGGUUGUGUAUGCCCGGGACAACAAGUGGCACAAUGAUCUCGAGAUCAUCGGUGUCGAUGGUGGUGAAAGCAUAUCAACAUGCUACGAUGGUGACAAUCUCAUUUACUUGGUUGGUGGAUUCCACAAUGACAAACUAUUGGAUAGAGUUGAUUGUUUCAACAUUGACACUCAACAAUUCUCAACAGUUGGAAGAUUGAAUGUGCCAACCAGAGCACCACAAUCAAUGUUCCGCAACAAUAAGAUCAUAGUCAUCGGUGGCUAUGUUGAUAUAGAAUAUAAAGUCUCACUAACCAACAUCUUGUCGUUCAACAUUGAAACCAGGAAUAGUGUCGUACUCCUCGAGACUGAUUUCAAUCCAGAUGAAAUUAUCAAUACAUGCUUUGAUGGCAUCAAUCAUUUCCUCAUCAUGGGCAAGGCAUCCACGAUCUUGGUAGAUCUGACCAACAUUAAAUCAGUUAAGGAGAAUAGUAUACGUGCAGGUUUAAUACGGCCAUUUAUUUAUACACAAUCACAUGGAUUUGUUGCCCUUUGUGGAGGUGAUAAGAAUCAAAGAUUCUCAUUCUUAAAGAACAAAUGGAUGCAACUUCAAGACAAUAAUGACCCUGUCAAGGGAAGGGGCUCCUUUGGAACAUGUCAUAUCUAUCAUUGA